GGGAGAGCAGACACUGGAGCAGAGGGUCUGUUCUAAAGGAUCAAAGGUUUACGAGUCAAAUGUCCACGGAGGGUCGGACAAGAAAUAUUGCUGCAGUAUCUCAUCAAUGGAUAUAAAGAAAAGGGCUAAAAGCAUAAAAUGACAUCAUCACAAUCUGACUGAUAAUCUGUGAACUAUGCAGGAAAGCGAGAAGAGAAACACCUUCAAGAAGAUGCUGCGAAAAGAGCAGGAAGAGGAAAUUGAAGAGGUCCCAGUAAUGAGCCAUGAGGAAGAGGAGGAACUGGGGGUCUCCGACACUGAAGAUGAGGAAGAACAAGCAACAUUUCCACUUAUCACCGCCUGUCGUAUAGGAAUAACUCAGGUGGUGCAGCGGCUGCUGCGGGGGGGGGGCGAUCUGACCCUGUGUGACCGCAGCCAGCAGACAGCGCUCCACAUCAGCUCCCCCGAGCUCCAGGGGAAAGUGCUGGGGUGGAUGUCGAGGCCUCAUCUGUCCCCCCAGGCCCAGCUGCUGCAGGCUGCCUGGCAGGGAGACCUGCACUCCUUACAGCUCCUGCUGGCUCAGACAGACAGGGUGGAUGUGAAUGUUCCGAACAGUGACGGUGUGACGGCGGUGAUGCUCGCUGUCAGGAACAUUGACCUGUUUGAAGACCUUGCUACACGGUUGACAUGGGAACACCGACCUGUGGAAGUGGUCAAGGAACUGCUGGGACUCUCGCCUGAUCUGCGAGUACGAGACCACAGCGGCUGUUCUGCUAUCCACUAUGCUGUUAACAUCAGCAGCCCUCUGAAGGAGGAGAUCAUUCAUAUGAUGGUAGAGGCAUUAAGUCACGCAGAUGGUGCCUCCAUGUCACCUCUAGCCCUUGACAAGUACUCAAGCCAGGAUUCUGACUCAGAGUUUGGAGAUUCAGACGUAGAGUUGGACCUUGAGAGCCUUUAUCACAACCGGUCAGUUGCUGCCUCCCCCACGCAGACACCAACCCAUCAGGACGGCUUUCUACUAUACAGCCACACAGGGGAAGUACUGGAGUCUCCAGGUUACUCUCCUCUAUCUGACCAUCAUAAAGGUCUCAGCCAAGAUAAGGGAAUCCCCCUCUGUUUCCAAAACGCCAUGGAAACGCUGAGCGACAUCAGGCAAGCCUACCAGGAUGCAGGGAGAAGAAGCAGAGGAGGUAUGUCUUUGCCUCACCUUGGGGACAACGGCAGACGCUGGAGCCAUCUGGUUCCUUCUCCCUCACCUGGUUUGCUGAGUACCAGGACCUCCUGUCUGCCAGUACCUCCUAAACAUAGAAAGAGAACAACAAGUGUGGUGGCUGCACCCCCAUCGUCCCCCAGCUUGCUGUCUGUGACAGAGCCCAGCCCGCUCAGCCAAUCAGCACCCAGUAUCCUGGAACCACUGCUCUGUUCCAACAGUAUGAUGCAGGCCAGAGCACACAUCCAGAGCCGACUGGGUUCUCAAGAAACUGAAAAUGAACAAAAGGGUCCCUUACUGUCUCUGCAUCCCAGAACCCCCAAGCUGUUGGCCCCACUGGACAGCAGGCCCCGGGAUAUUGCUGCCCUGCCAGCACUUAAACUCCACGUUCCCCUGAAGCCCAUAAGCCAGAGCCCCCUUUGCUCCAGGACCCGGCUGAGGAGAGAACGGUUGUUCUGGGGAAGCCCACUGACUACUAAGGGAGGAAGUGAGGAAAGCGGGUCCGGCAGCAGCCAGAGUUCCAUCGACCUGGAGGACGAGGAAGAUACAAAGGAUAUACUAAAGCGAGUUUCGGGAGAAAAACCUCUGAAGUUUGUUGGAGAAAGAUUGUUGCGGCAAUCCAACAGCAUGAGCGCCACCGAGGCUGAUUUGGUUUGGGAUAAAGGGCAGUAUUUUAAAGUUCAGUCAAGAAUCAGUCAUAUUCCACUGAUCCACAGAUCAGUACAUGACCUGGACGGAGACCCUAUCAGUGAUCUUGACAAUGCUGAACCAGCUAUAAACCCUCACUCUGAAGGCAAAGCCACCAGAAGGAUUUUUACAAAGGAGACUGAUGAGAGUCAGUCCUUUAUGAACUAUGCACAAAAAGGAGACAUUGUGGACAUUGAAAUACCUAUCAAAUCAAAGUCUAAGGAGGAACAUGACUAUGUGGGUUGCACCCCAGAGCCUGGUGAGCUGAGAUUAUUUGUUAUCAAGGAUGACAAUAGGGAUGUUAUUGCAUACCGUGAAGGAACUUCCAAAAAUGACCCACAACAAGUUAAACGGACAGAACGGAGAAUGAAGGAUUCCUGUGAUGAAAUAAACGGCGUAGGUAGCCCAAUCAUUUGUAGCAAGGAUUUGACGUUAACUGCUAGCACUACCGAGGAGAAAAUACAAUUAUUUACUUCAGCUGUAAAACUUCCUCAGUCAGACAUGGAUCCCAAGAAAGAUGAGAAGAUGUUUAAAGCCUUAAAGCCUGUCCGAAACAAGGACAGAAGAAGUAGCACAAACAGUGAAAUGAGAGAAAACAUUCAAACGAACCAGCAGUCCUUCAACAUGGUAGCGCGCAAAGAGCGAAGCAUCCUCAAUCGGAAUAAGUCCACAAGUAAUCUGAAGAACUCCUCACUUUCCGCACAAGGUAAAGAUAAAACAAGGAAAAGCCCAGAGCUAAUUAUUGGCGGAGAGACUGUCAUAAAAGGGAAGUCAAAGCUUAAAGUUGCAUGUUCUAACAAUGGCACCAUAUCAACUAGGAAGAAGCUUAAUGAUCAGAGCAAAAGACCAAAUCCUGAGAAGAUGAACAGCAACAGAAUUCCACCAGUUAGGGAGGUGAAGACCAUCUGGCAGUUAAAGAGACCCAGUCUAGCAGGCAAACCAAGGUCUAAAUCUGCCGUGGACUUCAUCACCUACAAAGACAUGUUUAAGCAGAUCCAUAGUGGGGAUGAAGGACCAGCCAUCUACGAGAUGUUUGCUGGUCCCGUCUAUGAUAACCUUCGAGUUUCUAGCUCCUGUGAGAAAGUCAAGGACAGACAAGUGCAGUCUGCUCCAUCCAAGAGGACGCCACAGUGGCAUAAAGUCAAACACAGAACAUCGAAACAGGCACAGAGGAGAAGUCCGGGGGAGAGCAUGGUUAUUUCAGCUAAAGGCAAACCAAAACAUGCAUCCUCUAGGGUGAAACAUCUCCACACACCUGUGCCAAGAAAAGUUAUUCCGAAAAAUAAGAAUAUGCCUGUAUCAGAAGGACUCAAAGAAGCUGAACUAUCUAAGGAUGAUGACAUUUUCCGUGGUAGUGCUCAAGAAACCAUUUUGUCUACGAUCGAGGAAGCUCUUUCUAGACAUGGGUCUGAAAUAGUCAAAUCUGAUGAGAACACAUUGACCAAGCCAAGAGCUUUAUCUCAUUAUACUCACCCCCACAUGAACAUGCAAGAAAUAGAAAACCCAAACCGACCAGUUUCUGAGCCUGUGUUAUCUCAAAGCCCCCAACAGGCAAAGAUCCAAACCUGGGCUUCUUCCAGCAGUGGUGACCACACCAUUGUGUCACCAGUUUAUAAGAAGUUUCUGGAUGAGGUGGGGGACGGGCCACUUACAGAUGACCUGCUGCAAUGUCUGGCUGAGGAGCUGAUCUCAUUGGACGAGAGAGAUGAAUACACAGAACCUGAGAGCCUGGAAUCGGAUGGAGAAAUCAAUUCUGUAUCAGUAAAUACCCCAGACAGUGGUGCUCUGCUUGGCUCUGUGUUGGUUGUAGAUGACGCGAUCACAUGGACAAAAGGGGAAGUACUCGGCAGGGGAGCCUAUGGGACAGUGUACUGCGGCCUGACCAGCCAGGGCCAGUUGAUAGCUGUGAAGCAGGUGAGCCUUGAUUCCUCUGACCCAGAUGCUGCCAAGACAGAGUACAUUCGUCUGCAGGGGGAGGUGGAGCUGCUUAAAACUCUAAGACACACCAACAUUGUGGGUUUCCUGGGUACCUCACUCCAACAGCAUGUGGUUUCCAUAUUUAUGGAAUACAUCCCAGGAGGAUCCAUCGCCAGCAUCCUUCACAGGUUUGGUCCUCUGCCAGAGCGUGUCCUGGCCUUGUACACACAUCAGAUUCUGGAAGGGGUGGCCUACCUUCACCUGAACAGGGUGAUUCAUCGUGACUUGAAGGGAAACAACAUCAUGCUGAUGCCCACUGGCGUCAUCAAGCUCAUCGACUUUGGCUGUGCGCGUCGUCUCAGCUGCCUGAACCACACCGCUAGCAACAGUGGAGAUCUGCUGAAGUCUGUCCAUGGCACACCUUACUGGAUGGCACCAGAGGUUAUCAAUGAGACAGGAUAUGGCAGAAAGUCUGAUAUAUGGAGUGUGGGUUGCACAGUGUUUGAGAUGGCCACAGGAAAACCACCACUGGCUCAUAUGGACAAGAUGGCUGCCUUGUUCUACAUAGGGGCUAAAAGAGGGGUGAUGCCCUCCUUACCAGAUGGGUUUUCGGAUAACGCAAAGGAUUUUGUACAAAUCAGCUUGACAAGCGACCAGAGACUACGGCCAUCUGCAGACCAGCUGCUGAAGCAUUCAUUCAUCCCCCAAAAUAAGUUUGGGGCGAACUCCUGGGAGAAGCAGAAAAAAAGCUGCUGUGGUCACCCAGAGGGUCUGUGCGGCUAACAAGUUACAUCUCCAAGAGAAUGUUUAGUUCAAGGACACAUUUUGAUGAUUUCAUUUGAAUUGAUGAAUCAAAUUAUUAUUAAGCAUUAUUUUGCGUCCCUUAGAGGGCUAGACACCAACCCCAUUGAUGCACUAGUAGUAUGUUUGAGCAUUGGACUUAUGGUAUUGUAUUCUUAAAAUGUUAAGAAACAUGAGAAGCACUUUGAACCAUUUCACUUUUGCCAAAUAGAACAUAUAAAAUGUGAACAGAAAGAUGCCAUGUUUUUUUUACCGAUUUUGUAGAUUUUCUAUAGAAAUCUCAUGUGUGCCAAUCUUAUAAAUGCCUUAAUUUAAAAUGUAUACAAUGCAACUCUCAGCUGCCUGUCACACACUAAUCUAUAUUGCUGCAUCAUUUUCAAAAGAUAGUUCUGAGUUAUUGAGGAAUCAAUGUGUAGAGUUUGCUAAUGCAUCAACUAACCCACAUUAACUUAUUGCUAGAACAACGUGAAUCAAACAUGUUUAUUUUCUUCGCAACCGUAGUAACAUUGUUAUAUGCAAAAUAAAACGACAACAACCAGGG